GGUCCAUGCACCCGCGCCGCGCGCUCCUUUUGCUGUUGCCGGUGCUGCCGCCGGUGUUGCCGGCCGUGAGGCGAGUGCGGCCCCUGGGUCAGAGCCCCCUGCCCCGCGCCGCAGGCCCCGCGCCCGCUCGCCUCUCCUCCUCGUCAGUGGCCGCCUCGCGGGCGCGGCCCCAGGGUCGCCCCAUGGACGGAGCCCAGGCCCAGGCCGAGGCGGCGCUCGGCCCCUUCCGCCUGGCCGUGAGGCAGCAGGGGGAUCUGGUGAGGAAGUUGAAAGAAGACAAAGCUCCCCAGGUCGACAUCGACAGAGCCGUUGCAGAGCUCAAAGCGCGCAAGAGGAUUUUGGAGGCAAAGGAGUUGGCGCUGCAGCCCAAAGAUGACAUCGUGGACCGGGUUAAAAUGGAAGAUACCCUCAAGCGGAGGUUCUUCUAUGACCAAGCCUUUGCCAUUUAUGGAGGGGUCAGUGGCCUCUAUGACCUGGGGCCCGUGGGCUGUGCCCUGAAGAACAACAUCAUCCAUGUCUGGCGGCAGCAUUUCAUCCAAGAGGAGCAGAUCCUGGAGAUCGACUGCACCAUGCUCACCCCGGAGCCUGUUCUCAAGACGUCCGGCCACGUCGACAAAUUUGCCGACUUCAUGGUGAAGGACGUGAAAAGCGGAGAGUGUUUUCGGGCCGACCACCUCCUGAAAGCUCACCUGCAGAAGCUGAUGUCUGAUAAGAAAUGUUCGGCUGAGAAAAAAUCAGAGAUGGAAGGGGUCUUGAUCCAGCUGGACAAUUACGGCCAGGAGCAGCUGGCCGACCUCUUUGUGAACUACAACGUCAAGUCCCCCAUCACCGGAAACGACCUCUCCCCUCCUGUGGCGUUCAACCUGAUGUUCAAGACCUUCAUUGGGCCCGGAGGGAACAUGCCUGGCUACCUGAGGCCGGAGACCGCCCAGGGGAUCUUCCUCAACUUCAAACGGCUUCUGGAGUUCAACCAGGGAAAGCUGCCCUUUGCUGCCGCCCAGAUCGGCAAUUCCUUCCGCAACGAGAUCUCCCCUCGCUCCGGACUGAUUCGAGUCAGGGAAUUCACGAUGGCGGAGAUCGAGCACUUUGUCGACCCCAAGGAAAAGCAGCACCCGAAGUUUGACAGCGUGGCCGACCUCACCAUCUCCCUGUACUCGGCCAAGGCCCAGGUCAGCGGCCAGUCUGCACACAAGAUGCGCCUGGGGGAUGCGGUGGAGCAGGGGGUGAUCAACAACUCCGUGCUGGGCUACUUCAUCGGCCGGAUCUACCUCUACCUCACCAAGGUGGGGGUGUCCCCGGAGAAGCUUCGCUUCCGGCAGCACAUGGACAACGAGAUGGCGCAUUACGCCUGCGACUGCUGGGACGCCGAGGCGAAAACAUCCUACGGCUGGAUCGAGAUCGUGGGCUGCGCCGACCGCUCCUGCUACGACCUCACCUGCCACGCGAAAGCCACCAAGGUGCCCCUGGUGGCCGAGAAGCUGCUCAAGGAGCCCAAAACGAUCAACGUGGUUCAGUUUGAGUCGAGCAAGGCGGCCAUCGGCAGGGCCUACAAGAAGGACGCCCGGCUGGUCCUGGACUACCUGGCCAACUGCGAGGAGGCCUAUGUGACCGAGAUGGAGAACCUGCUCAACGAGAAGGGGGAAUUCACCAUCGAGACGGAAGGGAAAACGUUCCAGGUGACCAAGGACAUGGUCAGCGUGCAGCGGUUCCAGAAGACGCUCCACGUCGAAGAGAUCGUUCCGAACGUCAUCGAACCAUCCUUCGGCCUGGGCAGGAUCAUGUACACGGUGUUCGAGCACACGUUCCGCAUCCGAGACGGGGACGAGCAGAGAACGUUCUUCAGCUUCCCCGCUGUCGUCGCCCCCUUUAAAUGCUCCGUCCUCCCGCUGAGUCAGAACCAGGAGUUCAUCCCCUUCGUCAAGGACUUGUCCGAAGCCCUGACCAGGAACGGGGUGUCCCACAAAGUGGACGACUCCUCCGGCUCCAUCGGGAAGCGCUAUGCCAGGACGGACGAGAUCGGUAUCGCCUUCGGGAUCACCAUCGACUUUGACACCGUGAACAAGACCCCUCACACGGCCACCCUGCGAGACCGGGACUCCAUGCGCCAGAUCCGCGCCGAGAUCACUGACCUCCCCAAGGUGGUCUGCAGUUUGGCCAACGGCACCCUGAUGUGGGCCGACGUGGAAGCCAGGUACCCUCUGUUUGAGGGGCAGGAGACGGGCAAGAAAGACACGAUCGAGGACUGAGACCCCGCGGCCCCUCCUCGUCCUGCUCACGCCAUUAACCCGCAAACGCCUAUCAUGUGACCGUCUGUGCCGGAGGGGCUGGGGUUUGAGCCCCCGACACAAAUGACGAUUAAAUUAAAGGUUCGAACAGA